AUGCGAUCAUAACAAGAAUUUACACACACACAUGAGUCGUCGGUAUUUCCUAUAAUUACAUAAACGCAGAGAUAAGGCAAAUGUGUUUUUCGUGUCAGAGAUAGGCGAUGGCAUCGUUAAUGCGAUACCUACCCAAUUCGCUAUCCAAUAAACUCACGGCCACUUAUUUCAAACUGUCAACUUUGAGUCAGCUGGGAUUCAGGGGAACGCACAGUUCGCAGUCGACGAUCGAUUUGGACAAGAUGAAGAUCCACAUUCUGCCUGCCCUCACCGACAAUUACAUGUAUCUGAUUGUCGAUGAGAAGACCAAGCAGGCUGCUGUUGUUGAUCCUGUUGCACCCGAGACCGUCCUGCAGGCUGUCAAUGCUCAUGGAGUUAACUUGACCAAAGUGCUGACAACACAUCAUCAUUGGGAUCAUGCUGGUGGUAAUGAGGAUUUGGUGAAGAAGUGCAAGAACAGUUUGGACGUGUUCGGCGGUGACGACAGGAUCGGAGCGAUGACCACGAAGGUUAAGCACGGCGAUAAGUUCAAGAUCGGCGACAUCGACGUCGAGUGCAUCUUCACGCCGUGCCACACGAGCGGACACAUCUGCUACUAUCUGACGACGACGUCGGGAUCGGAGGUGGAAACUCCACCAGUCGUCUUCACCGGCGACACCUUGUUCAUUGCAGGGUGCGGCCGCUUCUUCGAGGGAACCGCCGACGAGAUGUACUCGGCCCUGAUCGAGAAGCUGUCCAAGUUGCCCGACGAGACGCGAGUGUUCUGCGGGCACGAAUACACGCAGCAGAAUUUGCGUUUCGCCAAGUUCGUCGAAUCUGAGAAUGCGGAUAUCGACGCGAAAAUCGAAUGGGCGGCGAGGAUGAGGGGUAAAGGUGAGCCGACCGUCCCGUCGACCAUCGGCGAAGAGAAACGCAUCAAUCCGUUCAUGAGGGUCAACGAAGCGGCUGUUCAAUCGCACGCAAAUUGCGGUCAAGAUCCGCGCAAAACCAUGCAGAUCAUCCGCAAAGAAAAGGAUAGCUUCUAAAUUUGAUACUAUAUUUACACGUUUUAUAUACUUAUAAUUUAGAGAGGGCGGGAAUUCUUUUAUACACAUAUUAUUUACACUCAAAAAAAAAGAAGAAAAUCACUUCUUCAUAUUGUACUCGGACAUUUCAACCGCGUACUUUUCCUUGGAUCGCUCGUACAUGUCCACGUAGAUCUGCAAAAAAUUAACAUUUGUACAAUUUGUAAUAAUUUUUAAGGUUUUAAUGAUAAUAAUACCUGUUUAUCAGC